AGCGGCCUUCGACGGAGGGAGCAGCGCCGGGCGCACGCUUGGCACCAUGACCCAGACGCUCGCCUUCGACAAGCCCAAAGUGGAACUGCAUGUCCACCUCGAUGGAGCCAUCAAGCCUGAAACCAUCUUAUACUACGGCAGCUCCGGGAUCCCACCUUCUCCAGGGCCUCUCUUACCUCUCCUCAGUCUCUGCGCCACCCUGUCGGCUCUCUCCAAAGCAUACUCUGAACCUGGCCACUCUCUCCUCCUGUCGCUGCCCUGCUCUGAGUCCCCACUUGCCCUCCCUUGAUCCUGGAAUGGCCCUCCGACUGUGCACAGAUGCCACCCCAUCUCCUGGGCAGGGCCACCGUCAGAGCCAUUGUCUUCACACAGUCUCACAACUCGUCCCCCCGCAGGCUCUGCAGGGUCCAGUGACUGGGCCUGGACUUAUGAAGGAAGGUGACCUUGGGGCAAGCUGGCCAGUAGUGGGAGACUCAACUUUGGGGUUAUCAGUGGGUACCAUGCAUCUGUCCUCUGUAUACCAGGACUGCAACAGGGUCACCUUGUCCCCUAGAGUAAGGAGCCAUAGCAGGCUGAGUGGCAGGCUGGUGGGCACCAGAGUGACCUUGGUGGUGCCUACUAGACCCCCACCAGGGACUGAGGCUACCGGAUAGGAAGGGGCAUAUUCACAGGGGUUUGGGGAACAGGCAGUUUUGUAGGAAAACACUUAAAAAAAUUUGUUUUCAGUGCUGGGGAUGGAGCCCAGAGAUUGACACGUGCUAGGCAAGCGCUCUACCACUGAGCCACCUCCUCAGCCCCUGAAUGUCCCUUAAAAAAAAAAAAAAUUCUUGUUUCAAGGAUGCAGCAUCUUCUCAUCUCCUUGAGGAUGGCCCCUCUGGAUUUUUUAAGUUCUCUUCUCUGCAUUGUUUCCUGAGUGCCUUUUGUCUGCUCUUGUUUUGUCCCUCAUGUUGGAAGCAUUUCUUUGGCUGUCCCUUUACUUAAAAGGGGGAAACUGAGGCCCAGGAGGACCCCCCUGUAUAGGGGUCCAGUAGGGAUGAGGGGGUGGAGGCAGGAACAUGUGCAGGAGGAGGCCACCCUGAGCUGGCACCAGCUUCCUGUGGCCACAGGGGAGGCAGGGACACUAAUGGGUGAAGGGAGGCUCUGAGCCAGAGGGAAUUCUCAGCAGGUUGCCAAGUCCAGUGUGAGCCAGGAGCUGGGGAAGGGCAGGAGGGAGCUGUGCACUGGAAGACCAGCUCAGUGGGCCCUCCCACCCGGGAGCCGCCAUCGCUAGACUGGCAGGCUGUUCCCAUGUGCCAGCCCGGAGGAGGGGGAAGUCCUGCCCCAGCUUCUGCCCCGGGCAUUGUGAGGCUGUGGUUCUUGCCCCUGAUAACCCCUGACUGGGCAGCAACCAGCUGGCUCUGGCUACUCCUGGGGCUUGGGAAGAAGUCCUGGGCUUGUCCUGGCACUUGCCUGUCUGCAGAUGUUGGCCCACCAGGGAUGUGGAGGGUGUGUGACAAGGAGACUUCAACCCCUGCUGGUCCCUCUUGAGAUCCGCUUGUCCUGGCUUAGGGCCAGAAGGUCUGGGAGGAAUUCCAGUCCUGGUUCUGUGGGGCUGGACCUCCGUUUUCCCAGCCGCCUGAGGGGAGGUGUUGGAUGAAGAGUCCCUGGGUUUCCUGCCAGGCCCACCCCCAGGCUUCCACCCGCCCCGUCAGGCCUGGCCGGAUCCUGUCCUGGCUGGUCGUCCACCCUCAGUCUUGUUCUCAGGAAGCGAGGCAUCGCCCUCCCGGCUGACACGGCAGAGGAGCUGCGGAACAUCAUUGGCAUGGACAAGCCGCAGUCGCUGCCUGACUUCUUGGCCAAGUUUGAGUACUACAUGCCUGCUAUCGCAGGCUCCAGAGAGGCCAUCAAAAGGAUCGCCUACGAGUUUGUGGAGAUGAAGGCCAAAGAGGGCGUGGUGUACGUGGAGGUGCGCUACAGCCCGCACCUGCUGGCCAACUCCAAAGUGGAACCCAUCCCCUGGAACCAGGCCGAAGGGGACCUCACCCCGGACGAGGUGGUGGACAUAGUGGGCCAGGGCCUGAAGGAGGGGGAGCAAGCCUUCGGGGUCAAGGUGCGGUCCAUCCUGUGCUGCAUGCGCCACCAGCCCAACUGGUCCCGUGAAGUGGUGGAGCUGUGUAGGAAGUACCAGCAGCAUACUGUGGUGGCCAUCGACCUGGCUGGUGAUGAGACCAUCAGAGGAAGCAGCCUCUUCCCGGGGCACGUGGAGGCCUACGAGGAGGCGGUGAGGAGCGGCAUCCACCGCACGGUCCAUGCCGGGGAGGUGGGCUCCGCAGAGGUGGUGCGAGAGGCUGUGGACACACUCAAGACGGAGAGGCUGGGCCACGGCUACCACACCCUGGACGACCAGGCCCUCUACAGCAGGCUGCGGCAGGAAGACAUGCACUUCGAGGUCUGCCCCUGGUCGAGCUACCUCACAGGCGCCUGGAAGCCGGGGACGGAGCACGCGGUCAUUCGGUUCAAGAAUGACCAGGCCAACUAUUCGCUCAACUCGGAUGACCCGCUCAUCUUCAAGUCCACCCUGGACACUGAUUACCACAUGACCAAACAGAACAUGGGCUUCACCGAGGAGGAGUUUAAGCGACUGAACAUCAACGCUGCGAAGUCCAGCUUCCUCCCAGAAGAUGAGAAGAAGGAGCUCCUUGACCAGCUCUACAGAGCCUACAAGAUGCUGCCAGCUGCUUCUGCAGGGCAGGACCCCUGAAGAUGGCACAGCCCCUCCGAGCCUGCACCCUGUGGAUGGAGUCUGCACAACUCUGGGAUCAAGUGACACUCUUACCUGUAUUCCUUCCAGGAAGACGAAGAUUUUAAGAGCUACUGAUACUCUUGAGCCUGUGUAAACACACAGACCUUGGUGUGGCCACAUCUCUCCUGAUUGUGCCCUGGCCAGGGACCAGGACCCUUGCCAAUUGCAUGGAUGAUUCUGAAAUCCUCUCCCUAAGGCAGUACUUGCUGAAAAUCUGGUGCUCAAUAAAGCAGCUGGUGGCUGGUAUCGUGCAGCCUGCAAUGUGUGCUGCUGUGGUCUCAGGCGGAUGACCUGGUGGUGGGAAUGGAAGGAACCCCUGGGACAAAGCAGCAGGGCCCAAGGGCCUCGUGGA